AUGCGCCGCUUUGUUGGUGGGACAGUAGGCGGCAUGAUGCAGGCUCUCUGCAGCCAUCCGUUCGACACCAUAAAGUCGCGUGUACAACGCGGUGUCUUUCCGGGUGUUAUCUCCUGUUGCCGUUGCACGUGGAGUGAGGAGGGUGUCCGUGGAUUUUAUCGCGGUUUGAUGCCACCACUGCUGCUGGGCGGCGUGUACAAUUCCAUUCUCUUUAGCAUCAACCAAUUCGCACUGAAUAUAUUGACACCUGAGGGACAUGAUGCGAAGACCCCCCUUCCCCUCUGGCGGACAGCACUCUCAGGGCAGCUAACGGCGCCACUCUACGUGCUCUGCAUUACGCCCAUGGAGAAUGUGAAGGUGAAACUGCAGGUGCAACACGGCGAUGGUGUCAAGGCAAAGUACACGGGGCCAAUCAGCUGCAUACGGUACAUUCUGGCAAAUGAUGGAAUGCGUGGAUUCUUUUCAGGGUACGUGCCGACAGUUUUCUCACGUCUUGUGGGUCUCCCCUUUUAUUUCUGUAGUUAUCAAAUGUGCAAGCACAAGUUGUGCAACUCUUCCAUCGCGACGACACCAGCGGGGAGGGAUGUUUCCGUGCCGAUGCUAAGCGGGUGUGUAGCGGGCCUAAUCUUCUGGCUGAGUAACUACCCCUUUGACUACAUGAAGACUCAACUACAAGCGGAUGAGGCGAGAAGAAGCAUGUCGCAGGUGUGUAUCGCCACGUACAAAAGAGGUGGGGUACGGGCCUUCUACAAAGGCCUCUCAGCAUGCCUCCUUCGGGCUGUUCCCGCAAACGCCUCUGUGUGGGUGGGCGUUGAGUGGACAACACGGAUGAUGGAAGAGAAAGGGUUUUAA